GAUUUCGAUGAUUAGUGAGCCAGCCUAUUUAACUCAGUGUAUAAUUUUGAGAGAAUAAGAAAAUUUGAAAUUGUGUUUGAAUUUAUCCAGUUCAUUGUGUUAAAAAAACAACAACAUUUCGUUGAUUUCACCUGCGAUCAAAAGUGAAUAAAACGACUGAGUAACGAAGCAACUAUUCUGGCAGUAAGAAAGAGAAAUUUUUUUUAAAGAAAAACCAACAUAAGAAAGACAAACGAAAAGAAGAACGAAACAACAAGAAGAAGAAAAAAAAGAUUCGUCGCAGCAUCGUCAGUCGGAUUCAAUAACAGGACUUUUAUAAAAUACAUUUAGUAUUUAAAUUGAGUAGAUAAAAACACAAAAGAACAAUUGAUUAUUCGAAAAUGUCAACACCAAGUAGUUCAGCCGUUCGUGCACUAGCUCUAGAAUAUAAAAGUUUGCAAGAGGAGCCCGUCGAAGGAUUUCGUGUCAAAUUACUCAACGAUGACAAUCUCUUCGAAUGGGAAGUAGCUAUAUUCGGUCCACCAGACACAUUAUAUCAAGGUGGUUAUUUCAAAGCACAAAUGAAAUUUCCAUUGGACUACCCGUAUUCACCACCAUCAAUACGCUUUUUGACAAAAGUUUGGCAUCCAAAUGUCUAUGAAAAUGGUGAUCUGUGUAUCUCAAUAUUGCACCCACCGGUGGAUGAUCCACAAAGUGGUGAAUUGCCAUGCGAAAGAUGGAAUCCAACACAAAAUGUUCGUACAAUUUUAUUGUCAGUGAUUUCCCUGCUAAAUGAGCCAAACACAUAUUCGCCUGCCAACGUUGAUGCUUCGGUUAUGUACCGCAGAUGGCGUGAUUCGCAUGGCAAGGAUAAUGAAUAUCCAAAUAUCAUAAGAAAACAAGCCCUCGCAGCUAAAGCUGAAGCUGAAAAAGAAGGCAUUGUAGUUCCACUGACUUUAGAGGAUUAUUGUAUAAAACCAAAAAGUAAGCCAAGUAAUCAAGAUCCACCGUUGGACAUGACUGAUUUCUAUGACGAAGAUUAUGAUCUCGAUACAGAUGAUGAUGAUGAUGACCAAGAGUCCAAUGCGUCCGAGUAUGCUGAUGGUGAUGACAGCGGCAAUGGUGAAACAUAGAACACGAACCACUGAAUCAAAACAACAUUACAGUUGAACAUAUUAUUAUUAUUAUUAUUAUUAUUAAUUAUUCAUUUUUUUGUCUCUAUAUAAAGAUAUUUUUAUUUUCUUCAAAUUUUACGAACUGAAUCUAAAACAACAACAACAACUAAACAGACAAAAAUGAUUACAAAUCAAAGCAAUUGUAAUGUUGAAAAUAAUUCAAAACGGUAUUAAAACCAAUUCAAAAUUAAAUAAAAAACACGUUCAAGUCACACAACAACAACAAAAGAAAAUAGAGAAAUAAC